AUGUUCGACUACACUAACUUUGAUCACGUCUUCGGAGCGCAACAAUUUCCUUACGACCGCAAGUCCAUCCAAGAGAUCGACACGUUCCGCAAGAGUCUCGAUGGCGCCCUGUUCAUUGACCGGGUUCUGAAGGCUUUGGCCAAGACCUACCCUCCCAAGUCCGAGAAUGCUCUGCGCACCCUUCACCAGCAACUCUGCGAAGCCACCAUGUCGACACACCACCGCCUCUCGAUCUUCUACUAUAUUCUGCUUGACUUUGACACUAGCCAGACUAGAGCUCAGGCGUCGUCCAAGUUUGCAGUCACUUCGGGCGUUCCUAAGAACUACCAGAUCUUUAUGAAGGGCCUAUGGCUGUUGGACCAUCAGCAAUUUGAGAAAGCACUCGAAUACAUCGCGCAUCCAUCGCUUACCACAGACUUCGCCGACGAGAUCAUGACGGCCCUUGUGCGGCAUGCACCUGACGGGGACUAUACCUUGCCUCUGUCUUACUUCCACACCGUUCAACCUAUUUUAAAGACCUCUGCGGCGCUAGAACUGCUGUUUGAUGCCAUGUCACGUACUAGCGUCACCGAGGCACUCUAUUUCUCGAGGACAUACGCCGAUGCUGUGAGAGCACAGCUCUUCCGCCAGUUGAUCUCGACAGUGAUUGGUGCACCUGCAAGCGAGGAGACUGCUGCCCGCGCCACAGAACUUGUCGGCCUACCUUUUGAUGCAACAGAGGAGACUUGGUUUGAGGAGUUUCUCUCGCAGGAAGAUGGCAAGAAGCUGAAGAAGGCACGCGACGCUCUACUCAUGCGAAAGCUUGUCACGGGUCUGUUGAGCGAAGCUAUCAAGGAUAAGAAUCUGGGAGGGAGAUGGGGAGUGGUCUUGGAAGGCGUCAAGAGUGGGCUGGGUGGGCGCGCGGAGUAA